AUGAACUAUUUAUUGUUGGUCACGGUGAUAUUUGGAGCUAGCCUAAUUAAUUCAUCAUGGGCGUCAGAGUUUUGCCCACAGGACGAGUUAGUGAAGCCGUGCGUAUGCGAAAAAGACCCUGAUACAAACCAACUGACCUUGGUCUGUGACGAGUAUUGGAUACGUAACGAUGAAUUCGAUGCCCUAUUCAAGCGAUUGAGUGGUCGGGGUCUCAAAUUUCACGAGCUCAUCAUAGGGCAAACCAAGAUCUAUGAGCUAGGUCCUAAUCAGUUUCAAGAUGUGCAGUUUGAAAAGAUUACACUCGACAAUCUGAACAAGGUUGAAAGAAUUCACAAACUGGCUUUUAAUGGCAUCGCAAACAAUUUGAUCUCGUUCAAAAGUAGAGACGCACCCCUGGGCUACUAUACACCGUCGGCCGACUACAACAUAUACCAGGCGUUGAGUGCGUGCAAUAAUUUACGGUACAUUGACAUCGAAGGGAGCGGCUAUUUGACCCAGGUGGAUGAUCACGCGUUUGAGUCGCUGAGAAAAUUGUGCCUGCUCAAAAUAACACGAAGUGGACUGAGCAAGAUUGGCAAAAACGUGCUUGUACAAAGUGUACGCGAGUCGGACAUCGUGGUCGAUUUUAGCAAAAACAAAAUUACCGAGAUCGCCGCCGACGCGUUCAACAAUCAACGUGGUUUCUUUUUGAACGUAUCGUAUAACAAGCUGACCGAGGUGACAUUUCACAAGGAUGUUUUCCACAUUGACUUCUUUGCCCCGGAGGUCAGCCUUGAUAUACGCGGCAAUGCGUUCAAACAUCUGCCCGAAGCCACGUUCCAGUGGUUGCUUAAGUUGGAUAUACUCAGCACAGGGCCCCGUGUGUUGGCCGACCCCCUGGACUGCCAGUCGUGCGCCAAUUGGUGGCUAUUCAGCGAUGAUAAGUACGCCCGACAUUUCCCCGCCUUUAAGUGCGCCGACGGUUUGGCCUUUGAUUAUCGCAAACAUUUUCAUAAAUGUUAA